AUGGUGAUCGACUGUGCUUCGGCACAAUUGACGCCGCGCGCGCGAAGCGAUUCCGAUUCACCCUCGUCGUCGCCCGGCGCCGGCAUACAAACUACAUCCGAUCGAAACUUUUUCUCUUCCACGAUAUUACAUCGAGAAAGGACUUGUUUCCAUGGAUUGGCUUGGCUGGAGACUCUCGCAUACGCGCCGGCGCAGAAAUGCAAAGGACGGAUGCGAGGUCUCCCCCCCAAAACUGGCAAGAAGGUCGCCCCCGCCCCUUUCCCUCAGGGAAAGGCUGGCUCCAAGAAGGCUCCCAAGAACCCUCUCAUCGAGCGCCGCCCCCGCAACUUUGGCAUCGGCCAGGACAUCCAGCCCAAGCGUAACCUGUCCCGUAUGGUUAAGUGGCCCGAGUAUGUCCGCCUCCAGCGCCAGAAGAAGAUUCUCCAGAUGCGCGUCAAGGUUCCCCCUGCCAUCGCUCAGUUCUCCCACGUCCUCGACAAGAACACCGCUGCUCAGGCCUUCAAGCUCCUGAACAAGUACCGCCCCGAGACCAAGACGGAGAAGAAGGAGCGUCUCCUCCAGGAGGCCACCGCCGUCAAGGAGGGCAAGAAGAAGGAGGAUGUCUCCAAGAAGCCCUACACCGUCAAGUACGGUCUCAACCACGUUGUCGGCCUCAUUGAGAACAAGAAGGCCUCCCUCGUCCUGAUCCCCAACGACGUCGACCCCAUCGAGCUCGUCGUUUUCCUCCCCUCCCUCUGCAAGAAGAUGGGUGUCCCCUACGCCGUCGUCAAGGGCAAGGCCCGUCUCGGCACCGUCGUCAACAAGAAGACGGCCGCUGUCCUCGCUUUCACCGAGGUCCGCUCCGAGGACAAGACUGAGCUCUCCAAGCUCAUCUCCACCAUCAAGGAUGGCUUCAUGGACAAGCACGACCAGGCCCGCAGACAGUGGGGUGGUGGUAUCAUGGGCGCCAAGGCCCAGAUGCGCACCCUGAAGAAGCAGAAGGCUCAGGAGGCUGCCCUCAAGAUUUAA